AGGUAGCUGUUCUGGAAGACUUCCAAUGGUGGUUUCACCUUCUCAAUAAAUGGGGCCAACAUUAUGAUAACAUCCGCCUUGAAAUAUGCGAGAUACAUCUUGACAUCACCACUUUGUCAUUGAUACGAUGAUGAUUAGAAUCUUAAUCGUAUUAACUUGUUUAGAAAUCUAUUUACGCUCCUCGGGUUUGGGCAAGCCGCUCACACUCGACGAUCUCCGCUAGGAUAUCGGCGAGUAACACGCUAUAUAUUAAACGGUGACCAUUGAGGCCGACUUCGAUCCGCAUGGUCAACGGUCAACGAAGCCCAAUGAAAUACGAGCGAACGCAGUAGUGCCACCGUCCCCCCCCCAUGCAUGCAAUAAUAGGCAGCUCCUCUCUGCUUUUCCCUUCCUACGGUCCAGCAUACGAAAAAGCAUCAAGGGGAAGCAGGUGAGAACCUGAAAGAGAUUUCUAUGUCCAUCAUCAAUCCCUCACUGUUCAACGCCUCGCUGGGGACAUCUCCCCAGCAAGUGUGCUUCGACACCAGAGCGAUCAACUCCAGAGGCGUCUUCCUCGGGGACGAUCCCCUCCGCUUCUCUGUUCCCCUCUUCCUCCUCGACCUCUCCCUCAUGUUCUUCACCGCAAGCACCACCCACUGCAUCCUCGGGCGCCUUAGCCAGUCUCGAUUCGUCUCUGACCUUCUUGCCGGCAUCCUUCUGGGACCGUCGGUGAUCGGGCAAAACCAGGCUUUCCAGCGAACAGUGUUCCCGGAACGCGGCAUCUUCCUCGUCGACUCCCUUUCUCUCAUCAGCCUCAUCUUCUUCAUCUUCAUCAUCGGCGUGAAGACGGACCUCAGCCUUCUUCAGAGGCCCGGGAAGCGCGCCGUCGCCAUCGGCGCCGCUGGCUCCGUGCUUCCCUUCGCUCUCAGCAUAUGCACCUUCCUCGUCCUCAGGCGGGCCUUCCCCGACGACCUUAGCGAGGGUCCGCUCAUUUUCUUCGUCGCCUCACGCCUUUCCCUCUCCUCCUUCCCCGUGAUUGCAUAUGCCUUGGACGAGCUCCGACUUCUCAACUCCGACCUCGGCCGCGUCGUCCUGUCGGCCUCCCUCUUCAGCGACGUUAUCAACUGGGGCUUGGGCAGCUUGACGUCAGCAUACACAUUGAUAACCGCGGUGAAGACGCCGGGGACAGCAAUAGGGAUCGUGGCGUCGCUGGCGGGCAGCUUACUGUUCGUGCUACUCGUGGCGAGGCCGGCGAUGAUGUGGUCGGUGCGGCGGACACCGGCGGGGGAGACGCUGGUGGAAUGGCAUUUCCUGGCGCUGCUGAUGACCGCUCUGCUGAUGUCGCUUGCGACGCAGGCGUUCGGUUUCAACGUGACGCUGGGCCCGCUCAUGCUGGGGCUGGCGAUACCAGGAGGGAUGCCGGUGGGGCAGACGAUAAUGGAGAAGCUGGAGCCGCUGGGAGGGGGGCUGUUCUUGCCCAUGUAUAUGGUGCUCGCCGGGUACCGGACGAGAUUCGAGGAGGUGAGGAGCGUGAAGGAGUGGGGAGUGCUGGAGAUGGUGGUGGUCAUCUGCUACGUCGGGAAGCUGGUGGGCUCGGUGGCCAUGUCACGCUACUUCGACAUGUCGGCGAACGACGCCAUCUCGGUGGGGCUCAUGCUCAACAUCAAGGGGAUCGUCGAGAUCUCUGCCUUCAACACGUACGCUUGGGGUGAUGGUCAAAUAGCUACGGCGGAGCACUUCUCCGUGCUGACCGUGUCCAUGAUGGUGAUCACGGGGUUCACCACGCCGUUGAUCAAGCUGUUGUACAAACCUACGAUGCGCUACGUGGCGCGGAAGCGCCGCACCGUCGAGCACGCAAGACCGCGUUCCCUGCUGCGCUUCAUGGCCUGCGUCCACAAAGAGGAGCACGUCGCUCCCCUCCUCGACCUCCUCGAGGCCUCCUAUGCUUGCCGCGACUCCCCCAUCGCCCUCACCGUUCUCCACCUCACCGAGCUCACUGGCCAGUCCGCCGCGGUGCUUCGUCCCCACAAGCAGAGCCGCCGCUCCACCGCCCCCACCGCCUCCGACCGCAUCAUCAAUGCCUUCAGCUACUUCGAGAAACAACAGGCUGAGCCGGGGUCCAUCUCCGUCCACCCUUUUGUCGCUAUCGCGCCGUACUCCACCCUGUACAACGACGUCUGCUCCCUCGCCCUCGACCGAAAGGUUUGCUUCAUCCUCCUCCCCUUCCACAAGUGCUGCGACGGCGCCCAGGAGACUGUGAACCACGCUUUCCAGACCCUCAAUCGCAACGUCCUUGCCUUUGCCCCCUGCUCCGUUGCCAUCCUCGUCGAUCGUAGCCUCCCUGCCGCCACCUGCGCCCACACCAACCACCUCCUCCACCUGGUCGCCGUCUACUUCCUCGGCGGCCCUGACGAUCGCGAGGCCCUCGCCUUCGCUUCCCGAAUGGCAAACAACCGCUCCAUCACCGUCACCGUCAUCCGAUUGCUCCCCCACGUGGCAAACGAUGACAAGGAGAGAAAGCACGAUGAUGCGGCGGUGGAGCGGCUCCGAGAAUCGCACGCCCGUAACCAGAGGGUGGUGUACAUGGAGAAGGUAGUGGAGGACGGAGAGGGGACGGCGGCAGUGAUACGGGAGAUGAGUGACAAAUUUGACCUGCUGAUAGUGGGGAGGAGGAAGGGGGUGGAUUCGGCACCGACGAGGGGGCUGUCGGAGUGGAGCGAGUGCCCCGAGUUGGGGAUCAUAGGAGACAUGCUUGCAGCGGCGGAGUUCACGGAGAAGGUCUCCAUAUUGGUAGUGCAGCAGCAGACGCGGUUCGGUGGCAAGCUUGGUGGUGGUGGUGAUGGGAUGGCAAAAGCGACGGCAAAAGCGACGGCACGUGGGAAUGUCGUGGAUCCAAAGAAGCCCGAAGGGGUCAGAAGUGGAGUUGCGGGGCAUAGAUAGACGGACAA